UAUUAUCGUAAGCAUGCUGCGUGGCAUAACAGUUAUGUACGCUUUGGCAAUUUUUUGCGUCUGUUGCUUCUCCACUGUGGAACCAAAGUGGAAGAAACCCAAUGGUGGUGAUCAGCGACCUACCAAAACAGACCUUGGUAACUUAGAAAACGCAAUCCAACAAUUGAUUGAAAGCCAAGCGGCUUUGAAAACAGAUCUGAAAACGGAUGAUUCUGACAUCGCUAGUCUCAGAGAUGAGAUUUCAAACCUACGGGAUGCUGUUACUAAUCUUCGAGAUGGUAAAUUUGACGUUAGAGAAAGUAUUGCUGAACUGAGAGACAUGCUUGAAUUAAAGUUUGACAAGUUUACAAAUGAAAAACAAGAAGAUACUAUUACUAAAGCUGGUGUACCAGUUUACUCGGAAGUUUGUAAUAAAUCAUCUCAGAUGUUAGGAGCCAUUCAAGAACAACUCAAGAGAUAUCUACACAAUGCCUUGGAAACUACAGACAACAAUAUUACAAAUGGCAUAUGUAACCAGUUAAUAGGGACAGAUGCAUUGACGAAAGGCUUCGAUGGAAUGAAAGAAGAAAUAAAGAAACUCGUUGAAACAUGUCAGAUGGGAUCAGAUGACCAAACAUAUAAAGGAAAGUUCAACGGGUCAACGGGGGCAGAAGAAGUAAAGAAAGGCUUCGAUGGGGUGAAAGAACAAAUAAAGAAGCUCGUUGACACAUGUGAGAUUGGAUCUGGUGACCAAAUAAUUAAAGAACCGUGUAACAAUGACACAUUUCCUGUAUCAGAAGACUGCAUCGGCCAAUCUGAUGGACUUCAUAUAAUAUCUCCGAAGACUGGAAAACGAUUUCUUGCAAAGUGUGAAGCUGGUUGGAUUAUCCUUACACAUCGCUACGAUGGGAGUGUGGAAUUCAAUCUUGAAUGGGCAGCUUACAAGCAGGGAUUUGGCAAUAUCUUGGCAGAACACUUCGUGGGAAUGGACAACAUUGUGUCCGUGUUGCAACAGAGGAGGUACAAGGCAAUGUUUGACCUGACAACAUGGGAGAAUGAGACACGAUAUGCUGACUAUAAAAUAUUUGACAUUAAUGAUGAAGAAGACAAAUAUAGGUUGAACAUUGAUGGUUAUAGUGGCACGGCGGGUGAUUCGAUUAGCGGUAACAACCAUCAACGGUUCUCCACAAAGGACUCUGAUAAUGAUAAAUUGAAUGGUAAUUGUGUUUUAAGUUAUAAUGGACCAUUUUGGUUCAAUGCUUGUAAACCGCAAGGCUCUAUCUUUGGCGUAUACGCAAAAGGUCCCAGUUGUAACGAAGGUGCAUAUGAAUGUAUAACUUGGUAUAAUUGGCCUGGGAAGCUUCCUGGAGUAACUGGUGGCAAUUACAAUUAUUCUUUUAAAGAGGUAAAACUCAAAAUUAAGCCUUUGUAACUUUUAGAAAGACAAUAUGAUGUAUGGGUGAUUCAUUCUUUUGAUUUAUAAGAUUAUCUGUUCAGAUAUUUCAAUGCCUUUUUCAAUGUUGAACAGUCAGGAUUGUUCGGGAAACAUUAGCUUGCUUUUAGAAAUAAGAUUCUCUCGAUCUCUAUUUUUGCUGUCACUGUCAAAAAUACUAUAAUGCUUGCUUUUGAAACUAUGAUACAGUUGGACAAGGCGCUGGCUUAAUUCUCUUGUACAAGACGUAGGAAACACAUAGGAAAGAAAGUAAAAGAAUGAACGAAUGGGGAACAUACAUAUGAUAUUUACGUAAACAUAGGUAGGAAAAUCAAAAAAUCUAAACAUCGAAAAAUCUCAGCUUCCGACGCUCACAUUCUCGCAACUGACUUAAACUAAAGAAUAAUGUGGUUCAAAUCAAAAAUCAUGAAAUUAAUAGUUCCUUCCUAGAAGGGGUGAUGAGUUUCAGAAUGGCUUUUCCUAUUAUCAUGUAAACAGUAGAACACGACCACCCCCUUCAUAAUUCGUGGCAUGGCAGGUCACGUAUUCAACCCCGGUAUUCGACAUGCCGUUCCGAGACUCUAACAUGGAAGUCGGACCCCAUUUGGUAUUAAAGAAUGUAAUUAAUUUACCCUUUGCAUUCGUUCAACUUCACUUCUUAAAAGAGAGCUUCGUCUUCACUCUUUCAGUUUCCAAUAAAUCUUUGAUCUCACCGAGCC